AGAAAAUGACAAAUGGGUUUCAAACAAUCAAAUAAUUUUAUGUGGCGUCAAAACAGCACCAUGUAAAGAAAUUACUGCAAAUAAUUGUUUUUUCUGUACAUUACACCAUCUAAUGCUUUUAACAUGUCGCUACUGACAUUUUUGCCUUUCCUUGCUAAAUAACAUAACAAUAAUAAACACAUCAAUAUGGAUCCAGUAAGACCAAACUAUAACAAUAUGAAAGAAGAUAUCAGCUCCAGCCAAGCUCAACACACUAAAACGGUACCACACAGCCGCUCCGAACAAAAACCUUAUUGCACCUAUAUGUGCCAAAUGAAUCGUGUCAAGCCAUCUUCAAACCAGGAGAGAGUAUUUAAAGGUUGCUGCGUUAGACCUUCCCGCGAACUUAUUGAACAAGUAAUGGAGGAUGAACCAAAACUCGUUGAAAGAACUCAAGGCUUAUGCGAUAAUUUAAAUACACAUACAAGUACGGAAUGCCAUAGAGAGGCAGAUUUAUCAACAGGAUACGCUUCAACAACGACAUUGGAAAAUAGCGAAUUCUCCGACGAAACAACUACGGACGAAGGCGACAAUCCAAAUUUAUUGCAUUUGACAAAAAUGAAAUGGCUCACUGAUAGUCAAACAGACUCCACCGAUUCCAGAUCGAGUACAUCAACUAUUUCUCGAAGCGUGUCUUUUGCCGUCCCUGAAUCGAGUGAUUCUGACAGCGAUAUGAAGGGCUGCGUCAGCUUUGGAGAGAAGUGUCUCUCGACGAUCUUACGAUUGGACAAGGAGCACAAUAUGUUUGGUUUGUCCAAUAUUACCGUCGUCAAUUCUAAAAUGCUGAAGAGGUAUCGUAAAGACGAUAAGGACCCAGCUUUUCCCCAAACAACUAUCAUACAACUGCUUUGCUGCGAGAAAAAAUGCUGUCACAAGAGCAACACCGAUUUGCCGAUGUCGCUCAAGUGCGGGAGGUGUUACAGCUGUACCGAUCCAUUUUGUUCAUCAUGCAAGUCGUGUGGAGUAGUGUGCUCACUGCCCUGCGCAUUGCCGUGUGUAGUAUCUGCGCGCUCCAGCAGAGCUAUACCCUGCCCUAAACCGAGUAUAAGAAUAACGCCUUGCGGGACACCUUGCGGCCGACGAUGCAGAAGUCCAUGCAUUUCACCAUGCAGAAGUCCAUGCUCCCCUCCAUGCAGAAGCCCGUGCAGAAGUCCAUGCAGAAGCCCAUGCAGAUAUCCAUGCGUUAAACAGCCCAAAAUACCGUUCCUUAAGCCAACACCUUGCGAAAUACCUUGUGGAACGUGCUGUGACAAUCCACCAUGCGUAAUUUGCUGCAUCAAGGGCAAAAUAAAAUGUAAGAAAGUGCCCUGUGCGAAACCAAGAUGCUUGAUGGAUUGUAAUACUCGAUACGGCAUGAAGAUCUCAUUGAAACGGAAGCCGACGUUUGAACCGUCUCCAGUCGAGAUAACGCCAAGGUCCAGUUGUAUUUUAAAGAAGCCCGUAGCUGCUAGGUCCUGCCAUCAUUUGCCGCGGUGUUCACCACCAUCGUCUUGCUUCCCGUACCUAAUGCCUUGUUUCUGGCCACCUCGGGCGAGCGCGCCAUGCAACAAUCCUUCUCGAUGCUUCCACAACCCGCCCUGUCUUCCGCCACGGAGGAGGAAGUCACCAAUACCUUCGCAGUAUUCAUGUCCCCACGAUAAGAAGUGUCUGGAUGGAAAAAAAGACUCGACAUGUCCUAACCCGACGUGUCCUGGGAAAAACGAAACAUUCAAAGCGGAGAUAGAAAAAAGAUUUGGUAAAGACAAAUAAAGAGUAAUGGCCGACUCCAAGAAUCCUAAGAAUUCAAAGAACCCGAAGAAUCUACAUUGCUCUUGUUCGUGUGAAAAGAAAGUUGAUACUCCAUGCGACGAAUACAUAUUCUACCCAAACAUUAAGAGAAAAGCC